ACUAUCCUCCCUUUCGGUCCUAUAGGUCUCGGUUGGUGAUAGUCUGGUAGUAGAGUAUUUGCGGUAUAUUUUGCUGACGGUGUUCGUCAAUCUCUACUCUCAAUAAACGCUUCAGUGUAAUUCGCACUCUGUAAGUGCCCAAUCUGCCCACUUCUUUGGGCAUCUACAUGUCCCUUUAGCUAUUUCUCUCCUGUGGACGAUUAAUAGACCCUCUCUGCCCUUAAAUAAAUAGCAUCAUUUACUUGAAAGCCUUCAUAAGCCUUUUACCUCAUCCCCCUUUACCAGCAAUUUGAGUGUGAUUUACUACACCACUUACUGUUACGUGCUCAAAUACAACCUGCGCCCUUCCAAAGAUAUUUCACUUCUUUGUACUGUUUCUGUUACAGAUCUCGUUUGUGAACCUUUAGACUAGUGCCUUGCCAAAAACCAACCAACGACUCUUGCUGUCUCAAACAUGUCUGUGCCCGCAACACAUACAUGCUUAUUCUGUGGGCAGAUGUCGCGCAACUCUAGCGCACUUGCUACUUAUGCCGAUGGUUUCCAUUGUAGCAAGUGCAGCUUAUCAGUGUCUGAAGAUAAUCUGCAAAUGCAAAACGACCUUGUGACACUUUUUUCCAAGCAAAUGCGUAUGGACAUGCCGAUAUCGUCUGGCAAUCAGGAAAUGCCACCACAUACUCCUUCCCCGAUCACUUACAGUAUCACGCAGCAUUAUCACCACUCUUCACAUGUAGCCCGCUGCCCACUUCCAGCAGGAUAUCCGGAGCAGAGUGAAUCCUUGAGCCUUAACACAGCUGCAAAUUCGAUAUAUGAGACUCUGAGGCUUCACAAUAUCAACCCAUCGUCUCUUUCGUCGACACAGCUACAUUUAUUUGAGAAUGCGCUGCCGGAGCAACGAUCACGCUUGAUCCAGAUCUGGCAAAUCUGCCCUGAGCCUAGCGGCGCGUCCAGCGACCCAAGGACCGAGCGAGCGAGCCAGUCGAUCUUUGAACUGGAAGCAGAUGCGUCAUGUGCGGGAACGUCCAAUGCAAAUGGUCCAGAUCAUUCUGCCCAAAUGAUGUAUACUGAUGACCUCGAGAUGUGCGAUUCGGUGCACGAUAGAAAUAACGAUGACGAAGGACAUCAAUAUGCCGAGCCAUAUAUGGUUUCUGGCUAUGAGAUUCUUGUGCAGAGAGAUUAUGAGCUUUCUACUGAUAAGCUUGCGCCUGUGGUGAAUGAGCCAACAACGGGGUCACCAUACAAGCUCGCAAGCGAUCCUAUUUAUAAGAGUCAGGGCCAUCGGUGGUGGGAAUGUCCUCAGUCAGAUGUACAGGAAUAUCAAUACGGUGUUUUCGAGGAGAUGGAUCGGUAUGCGGACUGUGGUUUCAUACGCUCCAAAUGGCUUGCGUAAAUUCAGAUUUCAUAGGUUGUUCUCAGGGAGUGUUCCAAAUGCCUGCUUGGCAGAUUACCUGCUAUUAUUAGCUCUGCUAGGUCGCUGUAGUAUCCUAAAGGACUUAUAUUAGCUCGCUCCACGCUAUGAAAUAUGGUCAGCACUGGCGUGCGGUGCGUUGUUCUACUACAUGGAAGAAGGCGUGAUGGGU